UUGCCGUUUUCCAUACAGUACAUAAUGGAAAGCAACGAGGACAAAAACAGAGGUUCAGCUCAAGACAACAUGGAUCAAGAGAUUCACAGUUUGACACUUGUCCUAUUUGGAAACUCGACAUCAGUCCAGUUUGGUCAUGAUAACAUUUUACUGGGAGAAGAACAGAUCUGCAUUAAAACUGAAGAAACUCCUAGAAUUGUUCCUUCACACAUACAGAUAUCAGGACAUCAUGUUUCAGUCUUUAACAUGAUUGACUUCACUGAAUGUCAGCUGGACUUGGUAUAUCAACUAGUUCAUGAAAAUGAAAUCUGUGCCUUCAUCUUUGUUGUUCAACUGGGUCAGUUGACAGAUGCUGAUAAGAAGUGUCUGGAAUGGCUACAGAGAGUAUUUGGUGAUAAAGUUCUUCAGUUUGUUAUGGUCCUCUUCACUUAUGAGUGUGAAGAAGAGUGUGACACUAUGAGCAAUUAUCUGAAGAAAAACCCAGUGAAGAAGCUGUUAAAGAAGUGUGGAGAAAGAUAUCACACCUGCAGCAAGACCAUGAAUGACCAGUCAGAGAUGAGAAAACUAACAAGCAAGAUUGAACGUCUGUUUAAAAAGGAUCAAGGGCAGUGCUACACUGAAGAGAUGUACAACAAACAUUUAGGAAAGAGAAAAGACCAGAAAAAAACAGAUGAAUCCACAACCAAGAAAGAAGGAAAGACAGAAAGCAAAGAAAAAACCCAAGGAAAACACUGGACUUUAAAGCAGAAGAAAGGUCUCAGAGGCUCCAUUGAUGAUGUCUUAGGAGAUCUUCUGGGAGAUGAUGAUGAUGAGGGCCCGGCGAAGCUCCGAUCUCCAGCUGCCGGACCCCGCAAACCUACAGGUGUCCUCACAUCACGCAGUGGGAAGAGGUCGCUUAUAGAUGAUGAUUUCUUCAGUAAACUGGCAGCAGAAGCCGAGAGGACAGAUGAGGGUUCUGAUGUAUCUGAAGCUGAUCCGGCUGCUCUACUGGACAGCAUGAAAAACAUGGAUGAUAUGGACGCUGACCUGUUUAGCUCUAAGAAGAAGCCGAGCUCAGCUCCCGUUCAGAGGAAAGAGGAAGAACCUUCCAUAUUUCCAGACAAGAGCAAAACUUCAGACAAAACGGUUCCUGAAGAGAAGAAGCCCAGUUCUGCUCCGGCGUCCACAGCGAGAAGUUACAAGAAGUUCAGUUUUCUUGAUAACGCCGACGAUUCUUUCGAUGAUCUGCUGGACGACCUGGAGCCCAAACCGGAGCAGAAAAAGACGCAUAAAACCGAGGCGACGUCGUCUUCCUCACCCGCUGUUUCCCACAAAACAGAGUCAGAGUCUCCAGCUGCUCGGGCGAGGAGGAGAGACGAUCUGACGUUUGAUGAUGAUGAGGAUGACCUGAUGGAUGCUCUGGGCUUCGUCGAGACACCCAAAACACAAGGAAAUGAACCGAUACAGAAAAAAGAGAGUGACACUCCUCAGAGAGCUCGUACGAGACUGGAUGAGAUUCUCGGCAGAGGAACGUCUCCUCGUCUGCUGGAGAGACCCGUCACCGGAGAGAAGAAAGAGACUCGAGCGUCUGAGAACCAGACAGAGAAACCUCCAGAGAAGAUCUCCGCAGUGAAAGGUUCUGUGAUGGAUGAAGAGGACGUGACGUUUGGAUCUUACCAGCCCACGAUGGGCUCCACCCCCGAGGGACGUCAGUCUAGAAGACAGUCUGUCAGAUUCUCCACCGAAGACGUGAGCGCUCACUCUCCUGAACACAAAGCCAAACCCUCCACGCCAACCUCCACACGAGCCGCCCGUCCCAGAUCAGACUGGCUCGGUCUGAAACAGGAAGAGGAGGAGCCCAAACAAACCGCCUCGGAAACCCUGAAGCCACCAGCAUCUCCCUCAAGAAAACCUUCAAGCCAAGAGACGCCCGCUAUAAAGACAACAGAACCGCCAGUCGUACCGUCCUCUCCUCAAACCACCCGACGACAAGUGAGGAGAGAGGACCACGAGGAAGAUGAUUGGCUCUCUGGAGCACUGAGUCGCAAGAAAGCGCAGUUUAUCGGCCAAUCAGAGGAGAGGGAGAGAAAACAAGAGAGUUCAUUGGUUCUGGGGGAGGAAGUCAAGUCAAGCAGCUCUUCAACCGCACGCAGACGACCAGAUGAACCUCCGGCUUCACACCAAGAGCCCAGCCUGGAUUCUGCUGACAUCGCCAACACAACCAGAGAAGAUCAACAGAGACCUGUGUUACAGCAGACGUCACCUGCAGAUGGCGCUGUUCCUCUGAGUCAAACUCAAACACCUGCAGAUCCUCUUCAACAUCUGCUCAUGCAACAACAGUUGGCUCAGUCUCAGCUGUGGAGUUUAAGCUCACAUCAGAAACACAGAAGAGACACAGACGAGACAUCAGGAGACAUGAUGACAUCACUGCAGACACGCAUCGUACAGCUGGAGGGACAGCUGAGAAGUUUACAGCUGGACCGAGAUCAGAAACACAUGCUGUUAGAGAGCGUUCAAGAGAGACACAAACAAGACACGCUGCUCAUGGAGAACAUGCACAGAGCUCGUGUGAAGCUGCUGGAGGAAUCGGCCGCUCAGCGAGAGCUCCGAGCCCGGCAGGAGAACGAGGACCUGGCGGAGAGACUGGCAGCCGUCACGCGCAUGGCGGAGCAGGAACGGGCGGAGCUCCAGACGCAGUACCUGCGCAGACUGACACAAUGCCAACAGGACCGAGACCGAGAGGUGGAGAGGCUGCGAGACCUGCAGAGGAAGUCCAUUCUGGAGAUGAAGCGAGAUCAUGAAGAUCAGAUUCAGCGUCUGAAGAAACUCAAGGACGAAGAGAUCGACGCCGUCACCAGCGCGACAUCGCAGACCAGGUCUCUGACGGUGGUCAUCGAGCAGAUGGAGCAGUUCUCCCGCAGGCUGGGCGAUGUGUCGUCUCGCGUGGAGAGCACGCAUGAGAACGCGGCUCAGGGUUUGGAGCUGGGAGCGAGACAGAGAGACGAACAGCUCCGAGUCCUGCAGGAUCGCAUGGGUCAGCAGCAGAGAGAGAUGAGCGAGGAGAGGUCACGGCUCAGAGAGGUCAUCGCUAAGAUGGACACACAGCUCGCCGAACAACAGAGACAACUGGAGAAGGAGCGCUGGCGGGUCACAUCAGAACAGGCUAAAGCUGAAUCUGCUCUAAGAGGAGUCGAGGAGGAGAGACGGACCAUGAUGCAUCAGUUCAGCAUGGAGAGGGAGGAGCUGGAGAGGGCAAAGAGUGCUCUGUUAGAGGAACAGCAGUCUGUGAUGCAGCACUGUGCUGAGGAACGCAGGAAGCUGGCGGCGGAGUGGACACGGUUCCACACGCAGGAGAAGACGAGACAGGAGCGGGUGGAGAAAGAGGCCAGCCGGGCGCUGGAAAGAGACGCUCAGCGAGAGGGAUCCAUCAUCAAUAUGGCACAGGAGCAGGCCGAGCUGAAGCUUCGAGCUGGAGAGUUGAAACAGAAAGAGGAAUCGCUCCAGAGAGAGAGAGACGGUCUGGAGAACAUGAGACAGGAGCUGGAGAGAGAGCGAGACAAACUCGGCACGGCCGCACUGCGACUCAAGACGCGAGCAGAGGAGGUGGAGAGCUUCAGUAAGCUGGCGUCUGAACGCUUUGAAGGGGGCGAGCGAGCGCUGAGAGAGGCCAGACAGCUGGAGACUCAACACCAGAGCCGACUACACAACAUCCACACACAGAUGGAGAGACUCCGACAGCAGGAGCAGAGCUUACAACAGGAGCGUUUGAGAAUGACGGGUCAUCGCAGAGAUGUGGACAGACUGAGACACAGUUUUCCUGUCAAUCCUCCAGCACCUGUAAUCACAGGUACAUCAUCAUCAUCAUCAGCGCAUUCACCUUCCCGUCACUGCAUGUGUGUGACUGAUCAUGUGUGUGUGUUAGAUCUCUCACCGGCGUUCACCAGCACACACGUGACAUCUGCUGCUGCUGCGAGUCCUGCACCCGCUGAACUACACGCUAAACUCGCCCUCAUCAAACACACGGCUGAGAAGGACAGAGACUUCCUGCAGGAGGAGCAAUACUUCCUGGACACGCUGAAGAAAACCUCAUACAACCUAAACACAUGACUACGCAGACACUGGAAAACAUUUUAAACUCUUUA